AACACCCUAACAUCGAUAUAAAAACCACUCGAUCAAAAAACACAACAUCAGUAACUAUUUAGUCAUGGCCCGUCGAACACAAUCGCGUUAUACUUUCGAAAUCGUGGAAAACUGGCGGGUUUUUCGCCAUCAGUUUUUCGUGAACGGUACGCGAAGAACUGAUUGCAACACCUGUGAGAGUCGUGUGUCUGCCAGCGAUCCAUACUAUCAUCACUGGCGAAAUGAUAUCCAAAACGGUAGAGGCUAUUAUAUAAAGUUGGGUUCCGAGGAAGAACAGAUCCUUAAAACAAUCGAGAAACGGGGUGUCGAAGAGUUUAUUCUAUGUGACGGAAGCAUCACACCCAGGACCAAUGAUUUCCUUUUGGACGCGGGAAUGGAUGCUGUUCCGCAACUACUGAGAUUUCUAAGUUUCGGCACCGAUAAGUUAGAGGCAACUGUCGGAUUCUAUGUGGAUGUGAAAAAGGAGCGAAUGUACUACGAAAGCAGCCCUUUAAAUAUCGAACACCAUUUGGAUAUUGUCGAGGCGGUUGAUAUGAUAUUCUCCAUGCUCCUGGAGAAAAUAAGUAACUAUGUCCUGCUGCAACAAAGGGUUCCACUGGAGGCGUGUGUUAUCCGUAGGAUGAAGGUGACUGUAAAGAGAUUUUGCCACUCCCCGAAGGAAAAAUCAAAAUCCGCCACCAUAUUGCCUCUACAGUAUCGGGUGAAAAAAGCAGCGGAAUGCCUCGGCAGUGGAAGUAAUAAAACUCCUUCUGAUUUGGUCAAAAUUGCUGAAACAUAUCUAAGCCAAGAGAACGAGGGACGACCAAUCCCUGCUUCUUUAAAAGUCAACCUCUACACCUUUCGGGUAUGCAAUACCUCAAAGGAGUUAUACGUGGUACCCUACUUACUCCACGGAGAUGAUGUGGACUCCACACCCACCUUUAUCAUCCAAACGGACGUGGUUGGUGGGUUUCAAGGUCUGCUAGAAGUCCGAAACAUAAGGAAGUUCCUGCGGGCUGAUAGCUACGAUCGGGUCAUCGAAUGCCGCCAAUGCCAGUCCCACUUUGUGGACCCGGUGCACUUGGCUCUCCAUAAACAGAUAUCUUGUGGACGAAACUUUAUGGUGUGGCACAUGGACAUGGAUGCAAUCGAGUUGCACGAAAACUGUUUGCCCCUGCCCAAGAAAUACUUUAAAUACGAAUGGAUUGGGUUGGCUAGCAAGCGGUUAUAA